AUGGAUUCUAUAAACAUUUCUCAAAUAAAUAAUGAAUUAACAGAAACUCAAAGAAUUCUUCAAGAAUUAUUCAAAGAUCCUUUAUUAUCGGAUUUAACAAAAACUAAUACGCCAGAGUCUUUAACAAUCGAAGAGGUCGAUACAUUAAUUGCCUUAGAAUUAGGCACAGCCUUUGAAAUAAUAAUUGAGAGAGGAUUAAUUGAAUCAUUAGUACUUGUGGUUAGACAAAAUGCGACCGUCCACGAUAUUAAAAAAUUGAUUUCGAUAAAAGUGGAAAGAGAGUUAGAAUCUCAAAAAAAAGCACCAAAUAGUUAUGACAAGUUAAAAAAGAAUAAGAAUUCUAAUCAGAAAAGGGAUAACAGAAAGAUUAGUUGGAAAUAUAUAUGGAAAUCUUAUUGCUUGAUUUUUGAAGGAAAACUUCUUUUAGAUGAUAAAGUUCAUAUACAAGAAUUAGGAAUACGUACAUUAUCAACAAUACAGGAAGAUCUUCAUUACCUGCCUUUUCAGAACCACGAAGAAUCACGUGACUAUAAAUACUAUGUUAUAAAAACAGUUGGGUAG